AUGCAUCCCAUCAUUGGACCCAAAACUGUGGCAUCUUAAUUAUCUAAAAAGGAACUUAAUGAAAAAGAAAUUCCAGAUAAUAAAAAUCCAAAUGCUUACAUCAUAGUCAGAUAAGACUCAUUAUUAAACUAAUAAUUAAAUCCCAUAGAAACUUACAGUAUCUAAGAUUCUCCAAACAAAACAAUACCUAUAAUAUAUAAUCGUCCCUCUUUAUCUAAAAUAGAAAUAUUCAUAGAUCUUUGUACUCUUACACUCUUUAUAUAUACAUUUUAUGAAUUUGUAUCUGAAUAUGAUAAAUUACCUUAAACUGUAGAUGUUGACUUUGGAUUUGAUUCAUCAUUUGAAUAAAUAGAUAAGGAAUAUUUAGCUUUAAUAUUAUUAGGAGAUACUGUUUUCUUGGUUUUACUCUCAAUUUUAUAAUGUUUCACUCACAAAUUUAAGUAAUCAUCAUUAAUUAUUUCAUUAGAUAUUUGGUUGAAAUUAAAUAAACUAAUUCUGAAAUGAUUUUCAGAUAUACACGUUAUUUUAUAAGUUCAUAUAAGUUAUCUACAAUGGCAUUGUUUAUGUAUGCUACAAUUUCAAUAUUUAAAAUUAUUGAUUAAUAAUGGGAACCUUACACUUUAUAUUUGUCAUCAUUAUUUUCAAUACUCUUCAUCAUAUUUGGGAUGAUUUAUUAUAGGAAAAUGAAUUACAUAGCUAAUAAUCCAUUCUUAUGA